AUGGAAAAUGUAUGUGAAGUAACUCCUUCAAAGGAAUCUGAAAGUAGCUCUUCUCCAAUUAUUUCCAUUACUCUCACACAACCUGAAAAUGUUCCUAAAAGUAUACUUAAUGAUUAUGGACCGAGUGACAGUUCUGAUAUUAGAGGUCAAUCUCAAUCACAGUCUAAUACACUUCCUAUUUCAGUAGAUAGAGAUGAUUGUGAUGCAAUUCAUGAUGAAAAAAAAAGAAAGAUGUCGAUUGUAUGGAAUCACUUUAAGAAAAAAAUUAUUAAUGGGGAAGAAAAAGCUAUAUGCAAUUAUUGUAAUAAGCAACUGACAGCAAUCUUAUUGAGAGAACAAAAGAAAGUAGACGGAUCAUCCACUUAUUUAAGUAAUUAUCACUUUGAUCUAGAACAAUCUAGAAGAGAUCUUGCUUCUAUGAUAAUAAUUCAUGAGUAUCCGCUUUCUAUAGUAGACCAUUUGGGGUUUAGAGCAUAUUCUGAAGGCCUCCAACCUUUAUUCAAGGUUUCUAGUCGGAACACAAUAAAAAGUGACAUUAUCAAAAUAUAUCAGAAUGAAAAGUUGAAGACGAUGGGACUCUUAGAGAUGAUUGGAAGUAUAAUUGCUUUAACAACAGACAUGUGGACAGCUAGCAAUCAAAAGAAAAGGUUUAUGGCUAUCACAGCUCACUACAUUACUGAUGAUUGGGAUAUGCAAAGUCGCAUAUUGAGAAUGUCCACAUACAGCAGAAAUACAAAUGAUAUGCAAUCAAAGUCUAAGUUGGAUAUCUACUUGGAAGAGAAGAAAUCAAAUGGGAUCAAAUAUCCAAUAUUGCAAAAAAUUGCCAAGGAUAUUUUGGCCAUCCCAAUUUCAACCGUUGCUUCAGAGUCUGCUUUUAGCACAGGAGGUAGAUUGUUGAGUCCUCAUCGUUCUCGACUUCAUGAGGAUACUUUGGAAGCACUCAUGUAUGCACAAAGUUGGCUGAAACAUGAAAAUGAAGUUUCUAUUGGUAUUACUGGACCAAAGCAAUAUGUAAACUUGAAAGAUAAACGUUUACAGUCAUUUGGAGAGUCUGAUUUUGAUGAAGAGGUAAUAGGGACGGGUAUGGGUAUGCGGGUACCCAGAGGGUACGGGGACGGGGACGGGGACUAA